CAUCAGGUUCAGGGUGAAAAACUGAAAGCCAUCAAAGCUGAGAUUAAAGGCGAAGAAGAAGAGACGUUGUUGAGUGGAGCUCAGCAGUUUAUGGAGGAGGGUUGUCCUCUGUAUUCCCCACAGGAAGAUAACACCAUCCCUCACCAUCAUCAGGGUGAAGAACGAAAUAAUAUAAAAGCUGAGGUUAAAGAGGAAGAGACGUAUGUGGGGGGUGAUCAGCUGUCCAUGGAGGAGGUUGGGAUGAUUAUGAAGAGGGAACAGGAUGACAUUUCUCCACCUUUCGACACAAAUGGAUGUGAUGUGAGGAAUUCCUCGGAGAGACAUCUUCUAUUAUCUGCUGAUUGUAAGUCAGAAGAUAAUGUCAUCACACAGGAUCCUCCAGGAGGAAAUCCAUAUACACAAAAUAUACAUCACCGACCUUCCUGUCCGGAGACCUCAAUGGAUCCCUCUGAUCAGGGGGAAUCUUCUCAUCAAUCACAUACUAUGAUUGUAAAUAUCCAUGUAAGAUCUCACACUGCAGAUAGAUCAACAGAUCCUUCUAAUCCUGAGGAAUCUUCCUCACCCCAUGAAGGAGAUCACCAAGGUGACCAUCUAUUCUCAUGUUCAGAAUGCAGGAAAUCUUUCACUCAAAAAGCAGCCCUCGUUACACAUCGGAGAAUUCACACAUGUGAGCGUCCUUAUUCAUGUUCAGAGUGCGGGAAAUCUUUUAUUCGGAAAAGAAAACUUAUUCAGCACCAGAGCGUUCACACAAAUGAGCGUCCUUUCCCUUGUUCAGAGUGCGGGAAAUCUUUCACUAAGAAAGGAAAACUUAUUCAGCACCAGAGAGUUCACACGGGUGAGCGCCCUUAUUCAUGUUUAGAGUGUGGGAAAUCUUUCACUAAUAAAAGUGCCCUUCUUAAACAUCAGAGAACUCACAUGGGUGAGCGCCCUUAUUCAUGUUCAGAGUGUGGGAAAUGUUUCACUCAAAAAGGAGCCCUUGUUGCACACCGGAGAAUUCACACAGGUGAGCGUCCUUAUUCAUGUUCAGAGUGCGGGAAAUCUUUCAUGCAAAAAGGAGCCCUUGUUGACCACCAGAUAAGUCACACGGGUGAGCGUCCAUAUUCAUGUGUAGAGUGUGGAAUAUCUUUCACUCUGAAAGGAAACCUUGUGAAACACCAGAGAAUUCACACAAAUGAGCAUUGUUAUUCAUGUUCAGAGUGCGGAAAACGUUUCCCUCUAAAAGCAAAACUUAUUCGGCACCAGAGAAUUCACACGGGUGAGCGCCCUUAUUCAUGUUCAGAGUGCGGGAAAUGUUUCCCUCGGAAGGAAGCACUUACUAGACACCAGGAAACUCACACGGCCGAGCGUCCUUAUUCAUGUUCAGAGUGUGGGAAAUGUUUCACUCAAAAAGGAACACUUUCUAGACACCAGAGAAUUCACACGGGUGAGCGCCCUUAUUCAUGUUCAGAGUGUGGGAAAUCUUUCAUUCAAAAAGGGGCCCUUUUUAUUCACCAGCUAAGUCACACGGGUGAGUGUUCUUAUUCGUGUUCAGAGUGCGGGAAAUCUUUCACUCAUCAAGCAGCCCUUGUUAUACACCAAAGAAUUCACACAGCUGAGCAUCCCUAUUCAUGUUUAGAGUGCGGGAAAUGUUUCACUCACAAAGGGGGCCUUGUUGAACACCAGAGAAUUCACACGGGUGAGCGCCCUUUUUCAUGUUCAGAGUGUGGGAAAUCCUUCAUGCAAAAAAGGGCCCUUGUUGGACACCAGAGAUGUCACACGGGUGAGCGUUCUUAUUCAUGUUCAGAGUGCGGGAAAUCUUUCACUCAGCAAGGAACCCUUGUUAUACACCAGAGAAUUCACACAGGAGAGCAUCCCUAUUCAUGUUUACAGUGUGGGAAAUCUUUCACUCAAAAAGGGGGCCUUGUUAGACACCAGAGAAUUCACACGGAUAAGCACCUUCAUUCAUGUUUAGAGUGCGGGAAAUCUUUCAAUCAGAAAAGAGCCCUUGUUAAACACCAGAGAAUUCACACAGGUGAGCGUCCUUAUCCAUGUUUAGAGUGCAGGAAAUCUUUCAAUCAGAAAAGAGAUCUUGUUAAACACCAGAGAAUUCACGUGGAUAAGCUCCCUUAUUCAUGUUUAGAGUGCGGGAAAUCUUUUACUAAAAAAGGGGCCCUUGUUGAACAUCAGAUAAGUCACACGGGUGAGCAUUCUUAUUCAUGUUCAGAGUGCGGGAAAUCUUUCAUUCUUCAAGGAGCCCUUGUUAGACACCACAGAAUUCACACAGGUGAGUGCCCUUAUUAAUGUUGAGAGUGUGCGGAAAAUCUUUCACUCAGAUAGAAGGUCCUGUUAGACACCAGUAAAAUCACACAGGAGAGCAUUCUUAUUUAUGUGUAGAGUGUGGAAAAAACCUUCACUCUGAAAGUAAACCUUGUGAAACAACAGAGAAUUCACACAGGUGAGUGCCCUUAUUAAUGUUGACAGUGCGGGAAACCUUUCACUCGGAAAGGACAACUUAUGAAAUGCUAGAGAAGUCACGCUAUGCUCUAAGUGCGGGAGUGAGUCCUCCUCAUGUAUCCAGCUUGUCGGUGUCCUUCCCCCUGUGGUCAUAAGGCUGGGUACAAUGUAUAUCCUCUUAUUGCCACAUGUGAAUGCAAUCUUUUGAUGAAUGUGUUUAUAUCUCAAUAAAGUUUUCUAUGCAUUAGAUUGUG